AUGUCAUCGACUCCUGUGCAGGUCGUUCCCCCGAGAUUCCCCGAUCCAGAGCUCUUCGCCCCUCCAAAAUUCAGUGAGAUGCCAAAGGCACGCCCGGUGACCGUGCCGCCCAAGGCCAAGGCUGAGGCUUCCGCGAGUGCUCCGAAGCCUCAAUUUUCAGCAGCGGUUUCUAUGCUGACAGCUCGGCCAAAGGUCUUGCCGUCUCCGCCUGAAGCUCCAGUGCCCACAGCCGGCGGCGCGCCGGUCAGGGCUGAGCGCAAAAGCGCUUUGAAGCGGAAGGCGCCAAAGAGCUCAAAGCCGCCUGCAGCACCGCAAGCAGAGGAGCCGCAAGGCGCUGGCGAUGCUGAUUUGAAGGACGAGCCACUGCAAGAGAAGCCGGUGCACCCGGUGAAGAGACGCCCAUCCGCUCUGUUGCAAUCCAAACCGAAGUCCAAGCCCGUCCCGUCCAAACCACAAGAGGCCUUUGAACACCAGGGAGCGCCGGGAGCGGACCUCGAGCCCAAGGAGGUACUCGAAGAAGAGGCAUUCGGAUUCGCGCAAGGAGUCGAUCUGGAAAAGGCAUCUCCACAACAAAGCCCGGUCCCGCCGGAGACGGCUGAAGCGGAAGGCUUCCUCUUCGAGCAGGAACGGGAGGAAAAGGAUGCGCCAGACGAACAACAGGAGGAAUGGUGGUGGUGGCAGCAACAGCAAAGCUUCGCCGAGGCUGUUGCACCCGUCCCUGAGCGUGAGAUGGAAGCGCCAGCAGAAGAAGCAGAUGAGCAGACCGAGGAGCCCAUGGACACCGAUCAAGAGAUGGUAUUCGAGGAUGCAGAGGCUGAGUCUGAGAUUUCAGAGAGCCUGGAUGCCCUGGAGGCACAGAUCUCUGCGGAAGAAGACCGGGUCUACGAGCUCCAGCGGCAGUUGCUGGCAGAGAAUGACAGUGACACGGAGGAGACGGACACGGAGGCAGGGCCGGCAGGCGCCGGGGUGGAGCGGCCUUUGAAGAGGAAGCUGAGCCUUCCGAAGCAAGACCCGAAGCUGAGGAAGGAUCUCCGGCAGUUGAUCCAGCGGUAUGGAAAUUCCCAACACCUCCUCACGAGCCCUUCCACUCCGCCUUUGGAAGAGACAUCGGAGCUUGGCGCUCCUCGCACUCCUCCCCUGCAAGAGAGCCCAGAGUCUGUGGCACAUUUCGCACCUCUUCUCGCAAACCUCCUCGCCUCCUCCAUGCCAGAGUCUCAGCCGCCUCUUGAGGCCCCACCGGAUCCACAGGAGCCAGAGGGCCCUACAACGGCUUGGGCUGCCGCAGAUCCCCGGGUCGUCCCAGUGUCACUUCAUGAGAGCAGCUCGGGCCCCCAUGAGUGGACAGCUGCUGCGAACAGCAGCCGGCAUGCCUCAACGCUGGAGGAACUUGUAGGUCAGCCCGCCUCCGUUGCGUGUCCCGGCACCGCGGAGGCGGUGAAGACAGAAGACAGCCUGAACAGCGCGUUGAUUCGGGCCGUCCUGGAUGCGGGGCUUCCGGAGCUGCAGGGUGCGAUUCCACAGAAUCCCCACGAGCCAACCAUUGCAGCAGCAGCAUCUACAAUGUGGGCCUCUGCGAUGGAGGCGUACACGGAGAGCAUUCUGAUGAGCUCAAGAGCGACGUCUCUUGCAGAGAGCAUAUUGCACAUCCGCUCUUUGGUAGCCGAGCGAGGAUGCUUGGCUACACGAGAAUUGCCACGUUUGCCAGCCACUGCGAUGGCUCGUGUUGUCGAUGGACAACGAAGCUUCGACUGCCAACGUCCGAUCAACCACGGAAGCUAG